AGGAAAUGCCGGUCCUUAAGAUUCGUGCGGUAACCGGGUGUAAUGCGGUGCUGCUCUUCGUCAGCAUUUUAGUGGCUUCUUUGGCUUAUUUACUGUACUACUUAGAGAAUUCCGAUCCAGGAGCCUCGCCGAGUGAAAGAAUGUCUCAGGAUAUCAACAAGAUCCAAGAAACCUAUAAGAUGUUGAAUAAAUCUUGCUUCAUUCUCGGAGCUUCAGGGGAGACGGGAAAAGUGCUGCUGAAGGAGAUUUUGACAAGUCAGCUCUUCUCCAAGGUCACACUGAUCGGACGUAGGAAGCUAACUUUUGAGGAUGCAUUGUAUGAAAAUGUGAUUCAAGAAAUUGUAGAUUUUGACAAACUGGAGGAUCACGCAUCAGCUUUCCAAGGUCAUGAUGUCGGAUUCUGCUGCUUGGGAACAACCCGGGGCAAAGCUGGUGUGGAGGGUUUCAUUCGUGUGGAUUAUGAUUAUGUAUUAAAGUCAGCCCAACUUGCCAAAGCCGGAGGAUGCACUCAUUUUAACCUGCAGUCUUCACAAGGAGCAGAUAAGGACAGUUCAAUGCUGUAUCCAAAAAUAAAGGGUAAAGUGGAAGCUGCUAUUGAAGAACUGGAUUUUGACAGAUAUAGCAUCUUUCGACCAGGAGUUUUGAUGUGUGACAGACAAGAAUCGCGACCAAUGGAAUGGAUAGCAAGAAAAGCACUUGUGCCUGUGGCGUACAUGUUUCCAACUGCAAUAACGAUCCCCAUUUCGGUGGUUGCAAAAGCCAUGCUUAACAAUGUUGUGCUCCCAUCUGAGAAGAAAGUGGAACUCUUUUCCAACAAGGGUGUUCAUGAGUUGGGUAAACUUGGAGAAACUACAGAGAAGUAGCAAUUUUUGGGUUUCAUUUUGGAAGACGUGUUCUCUUUAAACAUCAUUAAUCCCUCUGACCUUCUGAAUUAUUUGUGUCCUCACUUGGACAUACUCGGAUUCUAUAGCUGUUGGUAUGCAUAGCAAAGCUCCUUGUAAUUUUCUUUUAACACUGCUCUGGAAGAACUGCUAAAGAGGUGUGAGAUAUGGGAAAUGUAUACCUUUUAGAAGGUAUUUCAGUUGUACGUUCAAAACCUGAGAUUUUAUAAUCAGUCAUACAACAGAAUAUCAAACCCUUGAGCCCACUAAAUAUGUAUUAGUCAUCAAGCACCUAUUUAUGCUCUCAGUUCUCCCCACAUUGUUGUCAACUUCCCCCAGAUUGUACCAUUUACCCACAAACUAAGGACAAUUUACAGUGGCCAAUUAACCUGCCAACACAAUGUCUUUGUAAUGUCGGAGGCAUCCAGGAGGGAAAUAUAGGAGGGAAAAGCCACAGAAGAAGUCAAGAUUGAAACUGGAUCUCUGGAGUUGUGACAGCUACACCAUGAUGCUUUCUGUUGGAAUAAGUUGCAAGAUACUCGUUCUUGAGUGUGUGGGCCCAACACUUGGUAUGACGGCUGUGAAUAAUGUCACUGGAAGCACUUUUGUUUAAAGCAGGGGUUCCCAGCUUUUAUGCCAUGAAGCCUUGCCAUUAACUGUGGGGUUUUGUGAACCCCAGAUUAGGGACCUCGAUCGUAAACGUAUGAGGGGAUUUAUUCCAUCAGGUUUAAUAUUACCUAAUCAGAAACUGAGCAACGUUCUCUGUGUUUGUACGUUUAUGCUCUUGCACGUUUUUAUUUGAUCUUUAUUUAAAUACAUCAACCCUCUGGAAACACUAUUCAGAAUGUUCGUUUUAGCAGUUCCCCUAUCCCCCUUUUCUACACCACGUUUAUAAUGAUUUUUACAUAAAAGGAGAAAAGAAAGCACAAGUCAUAAAUCUUAAAACUAAAUACUUUAUUAUCAAAAAUGUGUAUUUGUUAUGUAUUGUUCUUUAACUACAUGUUACCUAAUGUGACUUCUCAGGACUGUCACAUUUCUGGAUGCCUCUGAAAUACUCAAUAAUUAUUUAAUAAACUCAUUGCUUGAUCAUAAUGAACUGAAAGAAAUAAAGGAUUUAUUUUG